AAAAUGGGUGUAAAAUCACUAGUACAAAAGCUGCCUACUAUCAAUCUGUCAAUGGAAAAUUUGAAAUCAGGUACAAGCUCAUAUUUAGCUACAUGCAACGAAGUUCGUCGGGCACUAGAAGAUUAUGGGUGUUUUGUGGUGCAUUAUGAGGAAGUUUCACCAGAACUUCACGAAUCACUCUUUAGUGAAUCUAAAGAACUCUUUGAUUUACCAACUGAUGUCAAGAUGAAAAACAUUUCAGAUAAGCCUUACUUUGGUUACGUUGGAAACCACCCUUUAAUUCCUCCUAACCAUGAAAGCAUAGGCAUUUCAAAUUCUACAACUUUAGAAGGUGUCCAGAGUUUCACAAAUCUCAUGUGGCCUUCCACAGGAAAUGACAAAUUUUGUGAAACUAUGGUCUCGUACGCGAGGAGGGUUUCGGAGUUGGAAAAAUAUGUGAAGAGAAUGGUGUUUGAUAGUUAUGGAGUGGCAGAGAAGCACUACGAUUCGCACGUGGAUUCGACCACUUUCUUAUUGAGGCUAAUCAAAUAUAAAUCACCCGAGGAGAUAAACAAAGUAGAGGUCGGUUGUGAUCCUCACACAGACAAGACGUUCAUAACAAUACUUCAUCAAGACGAGGUUAAUGGCUUGGAAAUUCUAUCCAAGGAUGGUGACCAUUGGAUUGGAUUUGAAGCAUCGCCUUCUUCCUUCCUUGUUAUGGCAGGAGAUGCUUUUUUGGCAUGGAGCAAUGGAAGGAUACACUCUGCUCAGCAUCGAGUAGUGAUGAGUGGGACAAAACCGAGAUACUCGACGGGGCUAUUUUCGUACCAUGAAGGAGUUAUAGAGAUUCCUGAUGAGCUUAUUGAUCAGCAACAUCCUUUGCAAUUUAAGCCUUUUAGCCAUUAUGGAUUACUUAAAUACUUUAGUUCCGCUCCAACUUCUGAGUCUUCUUCCAAGGCCUACUGUGGUGUUUGAUCAUUAUAUAUAUGCAUGUGAUAUAUAUAAAUAUAUAUAUAUAUAUAUAUAUUGUCUCUUUAAAUAAGA